CCAUUUGAACGCAUCACAUAUCUGAGCAGCAUCGAGAUACAGUGACUCACUGUCCUCUGUUGUCGGAUUCAGAUCCCGAGUAGCUACUCCGCCAGGCCGAGGAAGCAUAAGAAGGCCAUCAAGCCACAGGGUCGCGCAUCAAGAUACUCACCGACCAAUCUGCUCGUAGACAAGAUCUGAGUAUCUUCGCCGCCUUAUUGCACUUCACAAGACCACUCAAGCAUGCCUACGAUUCCAAGGCUGGAGAAUGCUACAUCUCCCGAGCCUUCGACACUUCCCAUCCGUAAACACAAAUUCGACUGUCCGAAGCUGCGAUUACAGCUUCAUGAUGUGAACCACGAAGGCUCAGCAAUCUUCCUAUCAAACAUCAAAGCCUCCGAGGACUUUGAGACUCAGGUUCAAAAUGUGCUCAAUCUGCUGUACGACGUUCCUUCUGCUCAUCGACCAGGCACACGAAGCGUAACUUUGAUUCUCCGGGAAAUGGAUGGUGUUGCUUACACCACUGGCAUUGAUCUUGAUGAUGAUCACAAAGAGAUCCACUUCAAUUUGAACUACAUCAAUCGAACCCGACCGGAUCAGAGACACGAGUUGCUGGGCGUUAUCUGCCACGAACUGGUGCAUUGCUUUCAAUGGAACGCGGAGGGAACGUGCAACGGUGGAUUGAUCGAAGGCAUUGCUGACUGGGUACGUCUGCGAGCUGGGCUUGCAGCCAAGCAUUGGAAGCGUGAAGCUAGUGGCGACUGGGAUGGCGGCUAUCAGCAUACUGGAUACUUUCUGGAUUGGCUGGAGCACAAGUUUGGACCUGGCACUGUCAGGAAGAUCAAUGGCUGCUUGAGGAAAGGGAAAUACGAUGAUGAUCUGUUCAAGGAGUGCUGUGAUGGGCACAGUGUGAAGAAGUUGUGGAAAGAAUAUGGCCAGUCUCUCGAGAAGGACAAAAAGAAGCACGAUGACGAGUCCAAGGCGAAGGAGGAGAUCAAGAGUUGUUCUUGAUUGUAAACACGUUCCGCGAGCCAGCAUAUUUACGAAGUUA